AUGUGUGCACUAAAUGCGAAUCCAAGUAAUGAUCCUAUAUCAGGGGAAAGAGUCAAAUUCCAUCGUUUGAUUGUUGACGAACCGAUAAAAGAUGAUAACUCGGUAGUUUAUUUAUCUCAAGCCAAGAUGGAUGCAAUGAAUCUGUUUCGUGGGGACACUGUUUUGGUCAAGGGUAAGAAACGUAAAGAAACGGUGUGUGUAGCCAUUGUGGACGAGAGUUGCCCAGACGACAAGAUUCGUUUAAAUCGUUGUAUUCGCAGUAAUCUACGAGUAAAGCCAGGAGAUAUUGUCAGUUUAAAGAGUCUUCCUGACAUCCUCUACGGGAAACGCAUUCACGUGCUGCCUAUUGACGAUACUAUUUUUGGUCUUACAGGAAAUUUAUAUGAAGCUUUUCUAAAACCAUACUUUUUGGCUGCCUACCGACCUGUACAUAAAGGCGACAUAUUUGUCGUACGUGGUGGGAUGCGAGCUGUUGAGUUCAAAGUAAUUGAAACAGACCCGUCACCUUAUUGCAUUGUUUCUCCCGACACUACUAUUCACACAGAAGGAGACCCAGUUAAACGAGAGGAUGAGGAAGAAAAGCUGAAUGAAAUAGGUUAUGACGACAUAGGAGGUUGUCGUAAGCAGCUGGCUCAAAUAAAAGAAAUGGUUGAGUUACCUCUUCGUCACCCUCAGCUGUUCAAAGCCAUAGGUGUGAAACCUCCUCGCGGAAUACUCCUUUAUGGACCCCCUGGUACUGGAAAAACCUUAGUUGCUCGGGCAGUAGCCAAUGAAAGUGGAAGCUUUUUCUUUUUAAUCAAUGGGCCGGAGAUAAUGUCAAAAUUGGCCGGCGAGUCAGAAUCUAACCUACGCAAAGCGUUCGAAGAGGCAGAAAAAAAUGCACCAGCCAUUAUUUUUAUUGAUGAACUUGAUGCGAUCGCCCCUAAGAGGGAAAAAACCCACGGUGAAGUAGAACGCCGCAUCGUUUCUCAAUUAUUGACAUUAAUGGAUGGUCUAAAACAACGGAGUCACGUAAUUGUCAUGGCUGCUACGAAUCGUCCUAAUAGUGUUGACCCCGCAUUGAGACGCUUUGGUCGUUUUGAUCGCGAAAUAGAGAUAGGUAUUCCUGAUAGUAUUGGGAGACUGGAUAUUUUGCGGAUACACACCAGGAACAUCCGGCUGGCUGAAGAUGUUGAACUUGAGCAAAUAGCCAAUGAAGCUCACGGUCACGUAGGAGCUGAUCUAGCUUCGUUGUGCUCAGAAGCUGCCCUCCAACACAUAAGAAAUAAGAUGAAUCUUAUUGACUUAGAAGACGACACAAUUGACGCUGAAGUGUUGAACUCGUUGGCCGUAACGAUGGAUGACUUUCGUUGGGCUUUAGGAAAGAGUAAUCCGUCCGCUCUUCGCGAGACCACAGUUGAGGUACCAAAUGUCACCUGGGAUGAUAUUGGUGGGUUAGAAAAUGUGAAACGAGAGCUCCAGGAACUGGUUCAGUAUCCCGUUGAACAUCCUGAUAAAUUCCUGAAAUUCGGUAUGACUCCUAGCAAAGGUGUCCUGUUUUAUGGUCCGCCAGGUUGUGGUAAGACGUUGUUGGCGAAGGCGAUUGCGAACGAAUGUAAAGCCAAUUUUAUCAGCAUCAAAGGACCCGAACUCCUUACUAUGUGGUUUGGUGAAUCUGAAGCAAACGUUCGGGACAUUUUUGAUAAAGCUCGACAAGCGGCACCGUGUGUGCUUUUCUUUGAUGAACUGGACUCGAUUGCCAAAGCUCGUGGAGGUAGCGUUGGUGAUGCUGGAGGUGCUGCUGAUCGUGUUAUCAACCAACUUCUAACCGAAAUGGAUGGUAUGUCUGCUAAAAAGAACGUUUUUAUCAUUGGUGCCACUAAUCGCCCAGAUAUUAUUGAUGGGGCCAUCUUGCGUCCUGGAAGACUCGACCAACUAAUUUACAUUCCACUGCCAGAUGAAGCCUCAAGAGCUAAUAUUCUAAAAGCUAAUUUAAGAAAAUCCCCAAUUGCAAAGGAUGUUGACAUUAAUUUCUUAGCAAAAGCUACUCAGGGAUUUUCGGGUGCUGACCUCACAGAAAUAUGUCAGCGUGCCUGUAAACAAGCAAUACGUGAGUCUAUCGAGGCGGAAAUACGUGCUGAAUCUGAAAAGAAAAACAAGCCCAAUGCUAUGGAAGAUGAUUUUGAUCCAGUGCCAGAAAUAACUCGUCGUCACUUUGAAGAAGCAAUGCGCUUUGCAAGACGCUCAGUGACUGAAAAUGAUGUACGGAAAUAUGAAAUGUUCGCCCAAACAUUGCAACAGUCAAGAGGAAUAGGUAGUAAUUUCAGAUUCCCUGGAUCAGAUGGACCUGGAAUACCUACAGGUCACGGUACUCAGGGAGGAGGAGGAGGAUCAGCCUAUGGAUCUCAAAAUGACGCAGAAGAUUUAUACAACUAA